CCCAUUGAUGAUGUACUCGUGUGUUGUGUAUUAAUGUAUCUUACACCUCCUCAGGUUAUAAUCAAUGGCCUAUUUGCUGAUAUCCAGUCUAACGAUCAGUUGUUAUUAUCAUCAUUAAUGGAUCAAUACAACGAGUCUGAUCAAUCUUAUACUUCCAUUCCUCAAGAAUCAACUAAUAUCAGUAACACCAACACUUCAUUAUUGAACAGUUUCUGUGAGAGUUUUAAUGAUCUUUUAAGUCCAUUAAUUGAUGACGUAAAGUCUUUCGCUCAAGCUCCACCCACUUCGCACCAAGCACUGGAGUCGUUUCCGUUUGACUGGUAUAAAGAUAUUAAUACUAUUAAUGAAUACAUUGUCAGCUUUGUACCUACUUUUAUCAACAGGUUUCUUGAAGAAAUUGAUAAAAUCAUUAAUUCAUUGUUGAUUAAAAUGAAGGAAGAUGCUGUAUUAACUAACGGAUGCAUUAACAAGAUCCUGUUAUUGGGAAAGUUGUGUCAUUCUUUGGUGGAUUCGUGUCCGAAUUUAUUAAUAAUCACCAGCUCAAAUCAACACACCACCAGUAAAAUGAAAUCAUCUGCUAAGAUCAAAACCAAAGCACAAGAAGGCAAUGAGAUAGUGGCCAUGCUACACCAGAAGUCAAUAAAGAUUUACAGUUAUUGGGUGGAUCAUAUUGUACUUUCUAUUGACAAUCAGUUAAAUGAUUUCCUCAACUCUGGAUCCAUUGCUUUAACCAACAUACUGAAUUGGGAGAAGAUCACAAUUACUGAAGAAUCUGACAAAGGUGGACUACUAACAUCUGUCAUAUAUCUACCAGCUCAAGUCACUAAUAGGAGGGAUCAACAAAGCUGUUUUUAA